ACGCACGCUCAUUAGUAGGAAGCGAAGUCUGACAACACGAGAGGCAUCCAUCUGUGAAACCAUCCUAGUUCCAGGCCGCUCGUACUCAUCUGAAAAACGUGUUGGUAAAAUAGUCUUGGUAGAAUCUUCAUCGACUUUCAGCCCCCUGCCACUUUUACGGUUUGCUGGCGACGAAUGAGCGACAACUUUACCAGAUCAACCCUACUGCGGCUGCUCUCUCUCCAUCAGCGAAUGCGAACCCCGUCGCCUCCCGCUCAUGACUUGCCGAUUCGACAGGCAGAAGGUGCCGUCCUGAGAGAGUGACGUCCGCCCCGGAAGAUCAGAUCCUCCGUGCCACGGACGGGUCGUCUUAGCUGCGUGCGCAACGCGCGCCAGAAACGCCCUGAGAAACACGUCGAGACAGUCUCUCGAGCACGUCUGCAAACGGCGAGCGGCCGCCGGCGCAUAUCUGGGAGACCUACUCAGUGUGUACCAGCAGUUGCGCAAGAGGAAGAGUGCACAGAAGGACAAAAGAAACGCGCAACAUUAUUGGCCGGCGGCGUGUGCCUGUGCCUUCCGGUCGGAGACGUCAAAGCGGCGCGGGCGGUGAUACUGACAGAAUGGCGAACUCCGCCACGCGGCGGCGGCGGCAGCCCUUCCACUUGCUUCUAGCGCUCGCCGCUCUCCUCGCCGCCGCAGCGAGCUCUCACGUCGUCGCACCGGCUGCGGCUCAGGAGGAUGGCACAUUGAGCGACAAAGACGGCGUCGCAUCAGCAGCUGGCGACGAGAUCGACACGGCCCAAUCCGAGUCGUCGCAGCCCGUCGCCAGCGUGUCGUCGGCGCUCUACAUCGUCCGCAUGCGAAGCGUGCCUCCCGUCGCCACGUAUACCGGCGGCAUUUCCGGAUUCGACGCCACCGCGCCCGCCGCCGCCGCCGCCAAUGUCGGCGCGGGAAUCGCAAACAUCGCGCAGCGUGCUGGGCGCGCCGGGAGCCGCCUGACGCAGCGCCUUCCGCGCAUCGACCUCCGCCGCGGGCCCGCGCGCGCGUUUGCGCAGAUGCUCGGGCGGAUGCAGAAGCAAGUCGCGCGCGACGUGGGGCUCGCGACGAGCCGCGUGCUGUACAGUUACAAAUACGCGAGUAACGCUUUCGCCGCGGAACUCACGCCUUCGCAGCUGCGACGGUUACAGCGGCACCCGAACGUCGCCGACGUGGUCGCGAACGUGGCGAUGCACAAGCUGACGACGGACUCGUCCGAGUUUUUGAAGCUGCCCGAAACGGCGUGGGCGAGCGCAGGCGGGCAGGGGAACGCGGGAGAAGGGGUGGUGAUCGGAGUUGUGGAUACGGGCAUAUGGCCGGAGCACCCUUCGUUCAGCGACGCCAACACAACCGCGCCCUACGGCGCGCGGCCGUCGACGUGGCGCGGCGUGUGCCAGACGACGGCGGACUUCCCGCGCUGCAACGGCAAGCUCAUCGGCGCGCGCUACCUGUACGCGGGCUUCCGCGCCAUGACGGGCGCCGCGGAGAGCCUCACCAACGACUGGCGGUCCGCGCGCGACGCGGAUGGGCAUGGCACGUGGUGUGCGGGAGCCGCGGCGGGCAACGCGGGCGUGGCUGUUACCACCUCGCGCGGGCAGGUGAUUGGCGCAGCGAGCGGCAUGGCCCCGCGCGCGCGGCUGGCGGUGUACAAGGUGUUCUGGAGCAAUGCGCAGUCAGGGGGCACGACCGCCUCGUUUGCGGACAUAGAGGCCGCUGUCAACCUGGCCGUGGCUGAUGGCGUGGAUGUGCUCAGCCUGUCGCUGGGCGGGCUGGACCCCGCAGCCACCUACUUCAACGAUGUCUCGUACCUCAAUGCCAACCUGGCGGGCGUGACAGUGGUGUACGCAGCUGGCAAUAGCGGGCCCCCCCAAGAUGGCUCCUACAUGUACCGCACACUCUCAAACUUCUCGCCCUUCUACCUCACUGUUGGAGCCAGCACCAUCAACCGCCGGUGCACCGCCAACCUCACGCUGGGCGACGGCACAGUCCUCUCCGCCACGGGCUACGGCGCUGGCACCACACCCCUCACCGCCAUGCCCCUCAUUGAGGGCUCCGCUGCGCGCCGCUCCUCCAUCACCUUCACCCGCGGGGACCAGUGCCUCCCCGGCGCGCUUGACGCCUCUCUCGUCGCCGGCCGCAUCGUGCUCUGCUCAUACGGGGGUGUGUCCACGGGGGAGAAGCUCAGCGACCUGUACAGCAAAGGGGCCAAGGGCGCGCUGCUGGUGAACAUCCCCUCGGCCCUGGAGCCUUUCACCCCUUAUAACGAGCUGCUGCCUGUCUCGCAUCUAUCUGCGGGAGACGCUGACCGCCUACGCUCCUACGUUCGAUCCACGGCCUCCCCUGUCGCCACCCUCACACCGUCCUUUGCCCGCCUCUCCAACCUGUCCUCCCCCACCCUCGCGUACUUCUCCUCCACUGGCCCCGUCACAAACCCCUACACCAGUGCCGCCCUUCCCAAGCCCACGAACGAUAUUCUCAAGCCGGAUAUCAUCGGCCCGGGGGUGUCGCUGUGGGCGGCGUGGCGCAGUGCAUCGCUCUCUUCUGCCAGCAAGCCGGCAUUUGAAGCUAUCUCGGGGACGUCCAUGGCGACCCCGCACCUCGCCGGGAUUGCAGCGCUGGUGAUGCAGAAGUACCCCUUCUGGACGCCCUCACAGGUCAUGUCCGCCAUUGUUACCACUGCCACGAUUGUCACUGGCACUGGCGCUGCUAUUGGCACCACGAGCGGGGCUAAGGCCACGCCAUGGGACAUGGGAGCAGGCCAUGUGAACCCGUCGCGGUUGCUUGAUCCGGGGUUGACGUACAAUGCCGGAGCGACGGAUUACUACAACUUCCUCGCAGGAGUUGGGCUUACGAAAGCCAAGGCCUUGCUCCCGAGAGGUGUGAAGUUGUCGAGUAGCAAGCCGUACGACCUCAACCGGCCCACAAUCUCUGUGGGGAGGCUUGUGAAGUCAGUUACGGUUACAAGAAAAGUAACCAACGUUGGGGCUGCGUCGUCAACAUAUACUGCAUCUGUAGUGGCGCCGGCGGGUGUGGCGGUGGUAGUGAGCCCUACCAAGCUGGUACUGAACAAGGGUGCUAGUGCUGUCUUUACUGUGAAGCUCACUGUGACUGCAACAUCAUGGGAGUUUAAAUAUGGUAGCCUGACAUGGACAGAUGCAGCGGGACAUACUGUGGUGUCCGUGAUAGCUGUGCAGCCCAUCAGCAAGUGAUUUUUUCUCCGAUUUAGUGUACCAUGAGAUUGUGACACGAAGUUGUGCCUUCCCUCUCAUCGGUUUGCCACCCUUAUUGUUCUUUUCCUUAGCAAGCCUCGUUAACAUCGAGCACAGCCCUUACAUUCUAAGUAGCGGAAGGACUACCAGAAAUGACGGAUACAGAUGAAUAUAUGGUUGGGUGUUGU